AUGAUCGAUCUACUAGUAAAGCUCAGUGUAGUUGUCGUAUUUCCUUCCUUCAAUUUGUUACAGAAUCAGAAAAUCACAGAGAGGUUAGAGAAAUGGGAUCGAGAUUUGAUGAGAAUGAUUUCUUGGCUUGUUGCGGGAGCACCAGAUUUGCCAAAGAGAUGGCGGCGGCAGCUCCUUUUUCCGAUUGCGACACCGCCGUUGUUGCCGCUAGAGAUAUCUGGUUCAACAAGGUCGAUGUAAACGGUUGGCUCGAAGCUUUCUCUGCGCAUCCCCAAAUCGGCCAUAUGCCUUCACAGAAUCAUAAAAGUCCCGCUUUUGCACAGUGGAGCAAGGGGGAGCAGUCAACAGCUCUUUCUACUGCAACUGAUUCUAGCUUGCAGGAACUAAGUCACUGGAAUGCUCGCUACAGGGAGAAGUUUGGAAUUGUCUUCCUGAUAUUUGCUUCUGGUAGAAGUUCCUCUGAGAUACUUACUGAGUUGAAGAGACGUUAUGAAAACAGACCUAUUAUUGAGUUUGAAAUAGCAGCCCAGGAGCAAAUGAAAAUAACUGAGUUACGUCUCGCCAAGCUCUUUUUAGCUAAAGCAGACAGUACUAUUGCAACUAAAGCCACAGAUGCAUCCAAAGUAGAAGAUCGCGUGAACAUCAUUGGAUCACAUUUGACAGCUCCAACAGGGAAACCAUCUCAUAUUCCAUCUCGGACACGCCCACCCAUCACAACUCAUAUUCUAGACAUUGCGCGUGGAUGUCCAGCUAACGGCGUUGAAGUGCUAUUGGAGGCGUGGAAAGGAAGCCAACCACGUCCCCAUUUCGGUGUAACUGAUAAAGGUGGUUGGGUUUUCCAAGGAUCCUCAGCUACAGAUAAAGAUGGGCGAUCCGGUCAGUUGAUGAGCAUGGUUGAUGCUUUGAACCCAGGAACCUAUCGAAUAAGCUUCAACACUGGCAAGUAUAAUCCUGAUGGAUUUUUCCCCUUUGUCUCCAUUGUGUUUGAGAUUAGAGAGUCUCAGAAAUGGGAACACUUUCAUGUUCCUCUGUUGCUUUCUCCAUUCUCAUUCUCUACUUACCGUGGGAGCUAAACGUUGUUUAGUUAACAAUUUAACAUUAUGUUUAAGCUAAAUGGGGUAUCUGCUCCUAAUGACUGUACUUUGGUGAAAUGUUAAAGGUACAAUGUUUGUAGUUUUAACCUUUGUUUCUUUGUACAUAAUUAUUAAGAAUGAAUAAUGUAUUUUUGGAUUAUAAAAUUUUCAUUGCACUGUCAUUUAAAAAAA